GGAGGAGACAGCUCUAAGACUGUUAGGAUCCUUUCCUUGACCACUCAAAGGCUUCUCUCUCUUGGUUGGAUUUUUCUUUCUCACUGCGACCAUGUGUAAGGGACUUGCAGCCCUACCUGCAACGUGCUUGAAAAGUGCGAAAGAUAUAAAGCACAAGAUCGGCUUCCUGCUUCAGAAGCCCGAGCCUGUUCAGGAUCAAAAGCUUGCUAAGGAAAAAGAAAAGGCCACUGCAGUGAAAAGCAUCGCUCCUGUUGAUGCUGAGAAAUGGAAAACAUCAUUUAACAACUUGAUGAAGAAUGAUGUGGGGCGGACUGCGUUUGCAGCCUUUCUGAAGUCGGAGUUCAGCCAGGAAAACAUAGAGUUCUGGGAGGCUUGCGAGGACUUCAAGAGGUUGCCUGUGAAGCAGAUGGAAGCUAAAGCCAAGCAAAUCUUCGAGCUCUACGUCGAUGUCGAUUCUCCAAAAGAGGUCAAUCUGGACUCGGCAACGAGAGAAGAAACCAGAAGAAAUCUGGAAAAGUGUGAUGUCACGUGUUUUGACGAAGCACAGAAUAAGAUCUUCACACUGAUGGAAAACGACUCAUAUAGACGCUUUCUGAGGUCUAAACUGUUCCGAGACCUGUGCCAAUCACCCAUGGAUGAAAAACAAUGUGGCUUGGAGGGAAAAGGGAACCUUCCUGAGUUUAGCCCGCGCCUCCUGUCUCAUUGCGCUUAAGCUACGAUGUCCUUCAUGUCCUGCCACGAUCCACAGAGAAGCACCUCUUAGGCUGACGACGGUGGAACCAUUUCCCUUCUGUGAGAAGAGCGGUUAAAGGCUUAAGCCAGCGCUAAACGAGCUCCUCAACUACGAAGCAGAACCAACGGAUCAGGAUGCGUAUUGAUUGUUUUCUCAGCUGUGCUUUGUGGCUUUAAUUAUUUUCACAGUGUGACCAAAUUAUUCACAAAUUACACUGCAAUGGUAAAGUCUUCUGUUUCUCCACUUUACUGUUGUUGCAAACAAUUUUUCAGGUAAUUUCACACUGAAAGGGAAAAUAGAGACCACAAAAGAAAAAAUACAAAAUAUUGACCACCUUCUAAACCUCAUCUGAUUAUGUUGUGGAAAUAAAAUAAUACUUAUAGUGACUGAGUUUACAAUUGAGUGACUGUUACAGGUUGGAGAAAGGAAGGCGAGCGCAGUAUCUUUGUUUAAUCCACAUGUGUUUGAGUCAUUGUGUGAGCUGGAGGACCGUGGUGUACAAACUCACAGUACUGUCUGAAGAAUGUACGAAUGCUCGUACGUAUCAUCUCCCAUCUUUUUCGUCAUUUUCAAUAUCGUGAAAUGUUAGUACCUUUGUUGUUUGAGGGAAAUUUCACAAUAAGAAGAAAUCUGGUCCUUGUAAUGAUUCUGGUCCUCAAAGCCAAACGAAUAUGAUAAGCUAUACUUACACAAUGAUGUGAUGUCAGUUUGUUCUAUAGUGCUGUGAAUUCUAACACUAAUUCUGUCCUUCUCUUGUAAUGUCGCUUUCAUCUUUACUUAGUGAAAUAAACGUCUGUCUGUUGUUUACA